AUGUCUCGGCUUCUGAUAAUCUUGUCGGCGUUGUUGGCGGUCACUUGGUCAGUCCGAAUAAUAGAUCUGUCCCACAAGCAUGGACCUGACACGUUGAUGUUUGCGGACUCUCCAAACUUUAGAAGAUCUGAUAUAUUUAGGGGCGACCUCUUACCUGGUGUUUUCGUUACUUACGGAAAAUACUCCAGUGGAGAACAUGGAGGAACACACAUGGAUGCUCCAAAUAACAUUAUAAAAGACGGUAGGUCAAUCAGCGAUAUUCCAUUGGAAGACACAAUCGCCGAGGGAGUUCAGAUUGACUGUUCACAAGAAGCCGCAAGAGACCGUAGUUUUCUAGUUCCUGUUCAGAAGAUACUAGACUGGGAGAAGGCAUACGGGCGGAUUCCCAAUGGAGCCGCUGUCAUAAUGAACUUUAACUGGUCAUCCAAAAUCAACAACAGAACACUCUACCUUGGAAAUGAGAGCGACGACAUCUUUUCUUAUGUGUUUCCAGCCGUCAGUGCUGAAGCAGCGGACUGGCUUUACACCAACCGCCACAUCAAGAUGAUAGGGACUGAUACAUACACACCUGACCCGCUUAGCGUCAACGGUGUGAAAGUCACAUCAUUUCCCGUACACCAGAUUUUGCUGUCCAACAACAGCCUCAUCGUGGAAAAUCUCAAAGGCACAGAACGGUUACCACCUACUGGGUUCAUGUUCCAUGCUCCCCCGGUCAAAUACGCGGGAAACACCGGCGCGCAAGUCCGCGCGUACGCCGUGAUAUAUGAGGCCUGUAACACCACAAAACCGGGGUCUGGUUAUUAA